GGUGAUGACGUCACAUCCGAGAAAAGCCAAGAUGGACGGCUGCUGGUCCGCGGUUGUUGUGGUCGCUCUCUUCAAGUAGACGUCCUCAAAAUCAAUAAGAUGCUCGCCACUAAAGCCAUUUUGAGAAGUAAACACUGCAUUCGGGGUUCUUUUACCAUCCUGAGAGCGGCUUUCGCCAAAAUGCCCAUCCAGCGUGUGCCGCUCUUCUUGUUAGCCUGCGGCUCCUUCAAUCCCAUCACCAACCAGCAUAUGAGGCUGUUUGAGCUGGCCAGAGACCAUCUGCACAGCACAGGCCAGUACCAGGUGGUGGGUGGCAUCGUGUCUCCGGUGAGUGACAGCUACGGGAAGCAAGGCCUGGCGCCGGCGAAGCACAGGAUUGCUAUGGCGAGGAUCGCGCUGCAGAGCUCAAACUGGGUCACCGUCGACGAAUGGGAGAGCCAGCAGCCCGACUGGACUGAAACGGUGGUCACCAUGAGGUAUCAUUAUGGUCGUAUACUAAAGGAAUAUGAAGAGAGGUCACAUGACGACUCCAAUGGAAGCAGCCACCCUUCUCAAAGUGCUCCUCCUCAGCUCAAGCUGCUGUGUGGAGCUGAUUUCCUGGACACCUUCAACAAGCCGGGCCUGUGGCAGGACGAGCACAUGGAGGAAGUGGUUGGGCGCUUCGGUAUGGUGUGCGUCAGUCGCGGGGGUCUGCAGCCCGAGAAGGUGGUGCACGAAUCGGACACGCUCUGGCGCCACAGACGGAACAUCUUCCAGGUGAAAGAGUGGGUGAGGAACGAGACCAGCGCCACUGAGGUCAGACGGGCUCUCCGGCGGGGAACCAGCGUCAAAUACCUCAUCCCGGACUCUGUGAUAGAAUACAUCCAGCAGAACAACCUCUACACCGAGGACAGCGAGAGGAGAAACGAGGGCAUGGCUUUGAGGCCGCUCACCAGGGAGGCACAUCAACCAGCGGAGAGUCUGGACGACUCACAAGUGGCCGCCUCGCACAGCCCAUCUCCUCGCCAGCCCAGAGUGAAAGACGACCACGCCAGAAUGCCUGUGGAUCUCAACGGAUACUGGAAAAUGAUCUCCAACGACAACUUUGAGGAGUACCUCAAGGCUCUAGACGUCAACGUCGCCAUCAGAAAAAUCGCCACUCUGCUGAAGCCCGACAAGGACAUCGCCCACGACGGGGAUCACAUAAUCAUCAAAACCCUCAGCACCUUCAAGAACUACAACAUGGAUUUCUAUGUGGGCAAAGAGUUCGAGGAGGAUUUGUCCGGCGUGGAUGACAGGAAAUGCAUGACCACCAUCACCUGGGAGGGAGACAAGCUGGUGUGCGUGCAGAAAGGGGAGAUCGAAGGACGAGGCUGGACCCACUGGGUGGACGGAGACGAGCUUCAUCUGGAGCUGAGAGCUGCAGGGGUGGUCUCCAAGCAGGUCUUCAAGAAGACAUAAAGUACCUCCUCGAGCCAAGCAUCCGGUCCAUUAGGUAGUCCUCCCUCACCCUAGGAUCUCCAUCAACCACACCUCCACUGCUUCCUCCAUCAAUGUCUUCCCUGCUGUGCGUGGUGUGACAGCCCAGAAACGCUGACUCGGGGCACACGUGGAUGCAUUGAAGUGAGUCCACCAGGUACAUCUUAAUAAAUUGAGAAAGUAGUUGAGGGAUGCCAGCGUUCAGGACCAAGACCCGUGUGUGUAAAUAUAUGACAUCCUUCCCAGUUCUUAUUGGACUGUGUCACUGAUCAAAACAAUCAAUAAAAGAAAACAAACACGCCUUGA